GCGAGUUCGGCAGUCGGUUUUUGCUGUUUCAUCUACUGAGUACUAUUUAUGUGAAUGGAACAUAAGUAAGACUGGUGCAGGUGGUGUGGAUGGUGGUGGUUUCUUGUGGGUAAUUCUUUGGUGCUGCUGCUGCCAUUAGGCAAAUCAGAACAGGACACCUUGGCCGACCCAGCAGGUGUGACCUGAUGGCCUCCGAAGGGGGCGCGGAGACAAGUCCUCCGCCCGAAGUGUCCCUGGCGGCUAGCCAGGAUGUGGCAAAGUACAUCAAAAAGGUGGUGACGGCAAUGUUCGAUACCGAAUCCGGAGGUGCCUUAGAUCUUGCGCUAAGCGACAGAAAUAAUUUAGAUUCGAUUCAGAAGUUUAUCGCCGAUCCUCAGAUUCGCUCGCUGCUCGUGCAGAGUUCCAGCACUAAAGAUGAGGAGUUGGAUCAACCAGCCUCGGACGUGGGUAUGCCUUCCUACGAAGACGUAAUCUACGUUAUCUCAGAUGAAGUUCACUUCUCCAACCCGAAGGUGAACUCUCUGGUGAUGAUUAAAAAAGGUCUUGUGAUUGAGGCAGAUAAGAAGAUCGCCUUCCAGGUUCGGGUGAUGAACCUAUCUGAUGCGUCGCCGUACGAGACUUUACACAGCUAUAUUGCCGGUGCCGUAGCUCCGUAUUUCAAGAGUUACGUGAGACAAACGGGCCGCGUUGAAAGAGAUGGCGAUAAGAUGGCCCCCAACGUAGAGAAGAAGAUCGCUGAGCUCGAAAUGGGAUUGUUGCAUUUGCAACAAAACAUUGAUAUCCCUGAGAUCUCGCUCGUAGUGCAUCCGACAGUGGCUCAGGUCGUCAAGAAGUACCUUGAGGAAGAAGGUCGAAAAGCUAAUGUUAAUGAUUUUGGCGACAAGGUGGAAGAUUCGACUUUCCUAAAUCAACUGCAGACGGGUGUUAAUCGUUGGAUACGUGAGAUUCAAAAAGUGACCAAGUUAGACAGAGACCCGUCGUCCGGCACAGCCCUUCAAGAGAUAUCAUUUUGGCUUAACCUUGAACGAGCAUUGCUUCGUAUCCAAGAAAAGCGGGAGUUGCAUGAGGUCGCUCUGACACUUGACAUUCUAAAGAAAGGGAAACGUUUUCAUGCUACAGUAUCGUUCGACACCGACACUGGUCUUAAGCAGGCAUUAGCCACCGUAAACGAUUACAAUCCUCUUAUGAAGGAUUUUCCUCUUAAUGAUCUGCUAUCGGCAACGGAGCUGGACAAAAUAAAAAUGGCUCUUCAAAGCAUUUUCACUCAUUUGCGCAAAAUCCGCAACACCAAGUAUCCGAUUCAGCGUGCCCUAAAACUUGUUGAAGCUAUCUCAAGAGAUCUGAUGAACCAGCUACUCAAGGUCUUGGGUACACGUCGGCUGAUGCAUAUUCCUGCUGACGAGUUUGAGAAGGUGAUGACCGCCUGUUUCGAAGUCUUUAACGCCUGGGACGAAGAAUACGAGAAGCUUAAUGGGCUACUUCGGGAUCUCGUCAAAAAGAAGCGCGACGAAACAUAUAAAAUGGUGUGGAGAUUAUGCCCUGCCCAUAAGUUGCUACAAUCCCGUAUGGAGCAGAUGCGCAAAUUCCGCCGACAACACGAACAGCUCCGGUCGGUGAUCAUUCGAGUGCUGCGUCCUCAGGCAGCUCCGAUAGCGGAGACAACUGCUCCAAUCACUCAAUUGACGACCCAGCUCGAUUCCCUGGAACUAGCUUCUGAUGUGAAUGCUAUCGAGGAAGUGAAUCUGGCCUAUGAGAACGUGAAGGAGGUCGACGGCCUGGACAUUAGUAAAGAGGGCAGUGAGGCCUGGGAUGCCGCGUGCAAGCGGUAUGAGGAACGCAUUGAUCGUGUAGAAACCCGAAUCACAGCGAAGCUAAGAGAUCAGCUUGGCACAGCCAAGAACGCCAAUGAAAUGUUCCGUAUCUUCUCGCGGUUUAACGCCCUAUUUGUACGGCCUCACAUCCGCGGUGCAAUUCGUGAGUACCAGACGCAGCUGAUUCAAAGGGUAAAAGAUGAUAUUGAAGCCCUACAUUCCAAGUUUAAAGUUCAGUAUCCUAUUUCGAAGGCGUGUCGCAUGUCAAAAGGGAGAGAUUUACCACCCGUAUCUGGGUCAAUCAUCUGGGCAAAACAGAUUGAUCGACAGCUUUCGGUUUACAUGAAGCGAGUCGAAGACGUUCUCGGCAAAGGUUGGGAGAAUCAUGUUGAAGGUCAGAAACUUAAAGGUGAUGCAGAAAGCUUUCGUUUAAAGCUCAACACACAAGGCAUCUUUGAUGAGUGGGUUCGUAAUGUACAAGACCAUCAGCUUGGAGUGGCUGGUCGAAUUUUUUCCGUAGACUCACAGAGAACCCGUACGAGGACUAUACAACGAAUUCGGGUGCGCUUUUCCACUGAAGUGAUAACUCUUGCCAAAGAAACCAGAAAUCUCAAAGCGAUGGGUUUUCGCGUACCGUUAGCUAUCGUAAACAAAGCGCAUCAGGCUAACCAGCUGUAUCCGUUUGCCAUUUCUUUGAUUGAGAGUAUGCGCACUUAUGAAAAGACAUGUGAAAAAAUCGAGGAACGACCAAACAUCAGCCUUCUAAUUGCUGGACUUAAGAAGGACGUCCAGAAUUUGAUCAUGGAGGGUGCCUCACUUAUCUGGGAGUCAUACAAACUGGAUCCAUACGUACAAAAGCUGGCUGAAAUUAUUUUCAUGUUUCAAGAAAAGGUGGACGACUUGCUCGUCGUUGAUGAAUGUGUAGAUGCUGAAGUGAAAGCGCUGGAGACUAGCCCGUACAGUCAGCAAAAUUUUGCGGAUAUCCUAGCAAAAAUUCAGAAGAGUGUGGAUGACCUCUCGUUGAAACAAUAUUCCAAUCUGGCCUUGUGGGUUAGUCGGCUAGACGAGGAGGUCGAAGGUCGCUUGGCUAAACGGCUCGGCGAAGGAAUCAAAGCCUGGACAGAGGCCUUGGAAGGCAAGAAAGAAGACGACAACGUCGAGCAAGACGCGCUUCGGGAUAGCACCCCGACGAUAGAGACUGCUCCAGACUUCCCGGGAACGUGCAAGCUGGGAGGUGAGCCCAAAAUCCAGACGCUGAUGCACGAAAUCCGUAUUCUUAAUCAGAUCAUGUACGUAUCACCCUCAAUUGAGGAGAGCCGUUGUAAGCUAUUGGAGCAAUUUUUCAUCUGGGAGAACAUUGUACUUGGCCAGAACCGCAUUCAAUCUAGCCGAUACCAGGUCGGGCUCGAGCAGGUGCCUCAGUCGGCUACAACGUACAAGAAUAUCUUCACGAAAAUACCUGACGGUGCCGUUGUUAUGGAGUCUGCCUAUCUAGCAAUCGAGGCGACUGUGAAACAGAUGCGCGACUAUGUUGACGAAUGGUUACGGUACCAGUCACUAUGGGAUCUUCAGCCAGAACAGCUGUAUCAUCGGCUGGGGGAAGACAUUGGCCUUUGGAUGAACACCCUUGUAGAAAUCCGCAAGUCGCGUUCAACUUUUGAUACUUCGGAGACGCGAAAAGACAUCGGACCCAUAACUGUUGACUAUGCGAAGGUACAGAGCAAAGUGAGUCUGAAAUACGAUUCAUGGCAUAAGGAAGUCUUGGGCCGUUUUGGUACUCUGCUCGGUAAUGAGAUGCUCUCCUUUCAUACGACUAUUUCAAAAUCGCGUAACGAGCUCGAACAGCAGUCCAUCGAUACAGCGUCGACUUCGGAUGCUGUUCAGUUUAUCACGUACGUUCAGAGCCUCAAGCGAAAGAUGAAGCCGUGGGAGAAGCAAGUCGAGCUGUACAAAGAGGGUCAACGUAUUCUAGAGAGACAGCGUUUUCAAUUCCCCAAUAACUGGCUUCACGUUGACAAUGUAGAAGGCGAGUGGGGUGCGUUCAAUGAGAUGAUUCGUCGAAAGGAUGCAGCCAUUUCGACGCAGGUAGCAUCGCUGCAGAUGAAAGUUGUUCAGGAGGACAAGGCCGUUGAGGCACGUACCAACGAGUGUCUAUCAGAGUGGGACCGCUGCAAACCCGUUCAAGGGUCACUGAAGCCACAGGAUGCUAUGCAACAGCUUGCACUUUUCGAGAGUAAGCUCGGCCGGCUUCGCGAGGACCGUGACAACCUGCAUAAAGCCAAGGAGGCGCUUGAGCUUGAGUUGCAAACCGGAAGUGACGAACGCGUACAAGUUGCAUUCGAAGAACUGCGUGACCUCAAAGGCGUCUGGGGCGAACUUGCUAAGAUUUGGGAACAGAUCGACCAAAUGAAGGAGCAGCCGUGGCUGUCUGUGCAUGCUAGAAAGCUUCGUCAAGCUUUAGAUGGCCUGCUCAACCAGCUCAAAGAGCUACCAGCUCGCCUACGGCAAUAUGCCUCGUACGAUUAUGUUAAGCGCACGAUUCAGGCUUACACAAAAGUCAAUAUGUUGGUUGUGGAACUAAAGAGCGACGCAUUGAAGGAACGUCACUGGAAGACGCUAAUGAGGCAGCUCAAGGUGAACUGGGUGCUUUCGGAGCUGACGCUGGGACAGGUGUGGGAUAUUGAUCUUCAGGCAAAUGAAGGUAUUAUCCGAGAUGUAAUUCUUGUUGCCCAGGGAGAAAUGGCCCUUGAGGAGUUUCUCAAGCAGGUUCGUGAGGCGUGGCAGACCUACGAGUUAGAUCUGAUCACUUAUCAAAACAAGUGCAAAUUAAUACGUGGCUGGGAUGACCUGUUCAACAAGGUUAAGGAGCACAUUAACUCAGUGGCUGCAAUGAAGCUGUCACCUUACUACAAGGAGUUUGAAGAAGAGGCCUUAUCAUGGGAAGAAAAAUUAAACCGAAUUAAUGCAAUCUUCGACGUAUGGAUUGAUGUCCAACGACGAUGGGUUUACCUGGAAGGCAUCUUCAGUGGCAGUGCUGAUAUUCAAACUUUAUUGCCUAUGGAGACUUCGCGAUUCCAGAGCAUCUCCAGCGAGUUCCUAACGCUCAUGAAGAAGGUAUCCAAAUCUCCACUUGUGAUGGACGUGCUCAAUAUUCAGGGCGUGCAGCGCUCACUGGAACGGCUGGCGGAUCUCUUGGGCAAAAUCCAAAAAGCUCUCGGAGAGUAUCUUGAACGUGAAAGGUCUUCAUUUCCACGAUUUUAUUUUGUCGGAGACGAAGACCUGCUUGAAAUCAUUGGCAAUUCGAAGAACAUUCCUAGAUUGCAGAAGCAUUUCAAAAAGAUGUUCGCUGGAGUGUCCUCAAUUAUUCUGAAUGAGGACAACACAGUGGUUCUCGGUCUAUCGUCUAAAGAAGCCGAGGAAGUACGCUUCGUAACGCCGGUCUCCAUCGCUGAGCAUCCGAAGAUUAACGAAUGGCUCACCAUGGUUGAACAAGAAAUGAGGUUCACACUUGCGAAAAUGUUGGCCAAGGCUGUAGCAACCAUUGCUCCAUUCAGAGAGGGUAAUAUUGAUCAGGCGGCAUUCAUGUGCUGGUGCGAUGACUACCAAGCUCAAAUCGUCGGUCUUGCUGCUCAGAUUUCUUGGUCCGAAGACGUCGAGCAGGCGCUACAAGCCAUACAGAAUAAUGGCAAUCGAAAUUUGGCGCCACUUCAGAAAGUGCUAGACAGCGUUCAGCGAACAUUAGGUGUUUUAGCCGAUUCUGUUCUCCAGGAACAACCACCACUCCGUCGUAAAAAGCUCGAACAUUUAAUAACCGAGUUUGUACACAAGAGGGAUGUGACACGUCGGAUGAUCAAGAGCGGCGUCGAUUCUCCGAAGGACUUCCAAUGGCUUUCACAGAUGCGUUUCUAUUUCGAUCCGAAACAGAGCAAUGUGUUGGAGCAACUUUCCAUUAAUAUGGCUAAUGCUAAGUUUAACUACGGUUUCGAAUACCUAGGCGUACAGGAGAAACUUGUCCAGACUCCGCUUACAGAUCGUUGUUAUUUGACAAUGACGCAGGCGCUGGAAUCUCGCUUGGGCGGGUCUCCGUUCGGUCCAGCCGGUACUGGAAAAACCGAGUCAGUUAAAGCUCUUGGCAAUCAAUUAGGUCGUUUCGUCCUCGUAUUUAACUGUGACGAAACUUUCGACUUCCAGGCAAUGGGCCGCAUCUUUGUUGGUCUAUGUCAGGUCGGUGCGUGGGGAUGUUUCGAUGAGUUCAACCGACUUGAGGAACGAAUGUUGUCGGCUGUUUCACAGCAGAUCCAAAUGAUUCAAGAGACGUUGCGUAGCCGCCUAAACAGCCCCGACUGCCGAGACACCCAUCAGGUGGAGCUUCUUGGCAAGCAAGUAAAGGUAUCGACGGACAUGGCAAUCUUCAUUACUAUGAAUCCUGGCUAUGCGGGUCGUUCGAAUCUUCCUGACAAUCUAAAGAAGCUAUUCCGUUCACUUGCGAUGACGAAGCCUGAUCGACAGUUAAUUGCACAGGUGAUGCUCUUCUCACAAGGUUUCCGUUCAGCCGAGAAGCUGGCCAGCAAAAUUGUGCCCUUUUUCAAGCUCUGCGAUGAACAAUUAUCAAAUCAAAGCCAUUACGAUUUCGGGCUUCGUGCUCUUAAGAGUGUGCUAGUAAGCGCAGGCAACAUUAAACGCGACCGGAUCCAACGUAUCAAGGAUGCCAAAAAGAGCUCCGGUGAGGAAGUAGAAGAGAGCAAAAUUGCUGAAAAACUUCCAGAGCAAGAAAUCCUCAUACAGUCUGUGUGCGAAACUAUGGAGCCUAAACUUGUAGCCGAAGAUAUACCAUUGCUGAAAUCACUCAUGAGCGACGUGUUUCCUGGCGUCGACUACCAUGGAGCCGAAAUGACAGAGCUGAAAGGGCAUAUUCACGAGGUGUGCCGUCAAAUGUAUCUCGUGUCUGGCGAAGGAGACGCAAUGGGCGGAGCUUGGAUGGAAAAAGUGCUUCAACUUUACCAGAUCUCCAACCUCAAUCAUGGCCUAAUGAUGGUAGGCCCUUCAGGUAGUGGCAAGUCGGUAGCAUGGAAGGUGCUCCUCAAAGCGCUUGAGCGCUAUGAGGGCACCGAAGGUGUUGCUCAUCUCAUCGAUCCAAAGGCAAUUUCAAAAGAGGCACUGUACGGCGUCCUCGAUCCGAAUACGCGUGAAUGGACAGACGGUUUGUUCACUCAUAUUUUACGUAAAAUUAUUGACAACGUCCGUGGAGAGAUUAGCAAGCGACAGUGGAUUAUUUUUGACGGCGAUGUUGAUCCAGAAUGGGUAGAGAAUCUAAACUCGGUUCUUGACGAUAACAAACUGUUGACGCUACCAAACGGAGAACGUCUUUCAAUACCACCUAACGUGCGUAUUAUGUUUGAAGUACAGGACCUGAAAUACGCUACACUCGCUACCGUCUCACGUUGCGGUAUGAUUUGGUUCUCCGAGGACGUCUUGUCAACUCAGAUGAUUUUCCAAAACUACUUCAAUCGACUUCGCGCGAUUCCGCUCGAAGAGGAUGAGGAUACCAAAACCGCACGUACGAAGAACAAAGACGAAGCUGACUCAGCUUCACCUAUAAUUACCCUGCAAAAUGAUGUUGCAACCAUUCUACAGCCACACUUCGCUGAAAGCGAUCUGGUGAUAAAGGCAAUGGAGUUCGCCAAAGAUCACCUCGAUCACAUCAUGGAUUUCACAAGGUUGCGUGCUCUGUCCUCACUUUUUUCGAUGCUAAAUCAGGCCGUGAGAAACGUGAUUCAAUACAAUUCAAGCCAUCCCGAUUUCCCUAUGCAGCAGGAUGCCCUCGAAAAGUACAUGACAAAAAGCCUUGUCUAUGGGUUGUUGUGGAGCUUCAGUGGAGAUGGCAAGUUGAAAGCACGCACUGAUCUUGGCGACUACCUACGCUCGGUAACAACGAUACCGCUGCCGCCUACGAGCCAGGCUAUUAUCGACUUUGAGGUGUCUAUUCAAACGUGCGAAUGGACUUCGUGGGCGGCCAAAGUUCCACAGAUUGAGGUGGAGACGCACAAGGUCGCCGCUCCCGAUGUGGUUAUUCCCACCAUGGACACGGUGCGUCAUGAGAGCCUACUAUAUACCUGGCUGGCGGAACACAAACCACUUGUACUCUGUGGACCGCCAGGCUCCGGCAAGACUAUGACGCUUUUCUCAGCCCUACGCUGUCUGCCCGACAUGGAGGUGGUCGGCCUCAAUUUUUCCUCAGCCACUACCCCCGAGCUGUUGCUCAAGACAUUUGAUCACUACUGCGAGUAUAAGAAAACACCAAACGGCAUGAUCCUCAGUCCAAUUCAAAUUGGCAAGUGGCUUGUUCUCUUCUGUGACGAGAUCAAUCUUCCCGAUCAGGACAAAUACGGCACAAUGCGAGUUAUUUCUUUCCUGCGCCAGAUGGUGGAGCAUGGUGGAUUCUACAGGACAGUCGACCAGGUGUGGGUGAAGCUGGACCGAAUCCAGUUCGUGGGCGCAUGUAAUCCUCCCACUGAUCCGGGACGGAAACCUUUAUCGCAUCGAUUCCUGCGGCAUGUGCCCAUCGUCUACGUCGACUAUCCUGGGGAGACGUCGCUAAAGCAGAUUUAUGGUACGUUCAAUCGGGCGAUGCUUCGCAUGGUGCCAGCACUCAAAUCGUACUCAGAGCCACUCACGUCGGCGAUGGUCGAAUUUUACCUCAAAUCCCAGGAGCGAUUCACGCAGGACAUGCAGCCACAUUACGUGUAUUCGCCACGAGAGCUUACCCGGUGGGUUCGGGGUAUCUGCGAGGCUGUGCGUCCUCUUGAGACGCUCUCGGUCGAAGGUCUUGUACGACUGUGGGCACAUGAGGGUCUGCGGCUCUUCCAGGACCGUCUAGUGGAGGAUCAAGAACGCCAAUGGACGGACGAGAACAUUGACUUAGUUGCCCUUCGACAUUUUCCAAACAUCCACCGUGAAGAGGCACUUGGUCGGCCUAUUCUCUAUUCAAAUUGGCUGUCGAAAGACUACGUUCCGAUUAAGCGAGAAGAGUUGCGCGACUAUGUUCGAGCCCGACUCAAGGUGUUCUACGAAGAGGAACUCGACGUACAACUGGUUCUCUUUAAUGAGGUGCUUGACCACGUGCUUCGCAUUGAUCGAAUCUUCCGUCAGCCACAAGGCCACUUGUUGUUGAUUGGGGUGUCAGGUGCAGGAAAAACGACACUGUCACGUUUUGUGGCCUGGAUGAACGGUCUCAAGGUCUUCCAAAUUAAGGUCCACAACCGCUAUACAGCAGCGGACUUUGAUGAAGAUCUACGUAACGUGCUGCGUAGGGCUGGUUGUAAGGGUGAGAAAAUUGCGUUCAUCCUGGAUGAGGGGAACGUACUCGACUCGUCGUUCCUCGAAAGGAUGAAUACUCUCCUAGCCAACGGAGAGGUACCAGGUCUAUUUGAAGGCGAUGAAUACACGACCCUAAUGACUCAAUGCAAGGAGGGAUCUCAACGGGAAGGACUUAUGCUCGACUCUAACGAAGAGCUCUACAAAUGGUUUACAGGCCAAGUAAUGCGAAAUCUGCACGUGGUGUUCACGAUGAACCCUUCAGUAAACGGUCUGAAAGACAGAGCUGCAACGUCACCUGCAUUGUUUAAUCGAUGUGUGCUCAACUGGUUCGGUGACUGGUCUGAUGAAGCGUUGUACCAAGUCGGACUCGAGUUUACUCGAAGACUCGACAUUGAUCGCAUUGAGUACCGCCAGCCGGACUACUUUCCAGUUGUGGUAUCAAGCUUGGAGACACCUUUGAACUACCGACAAGCCAUUGUCAACGCAUUUGUCUAUGUGCACCAGACACUCCACAAAGCGUCAGUUCGUUUGGCUAAACGUGGCGGGCGGCAAACCACUAUUACGCCUCGGCACUAUCUUGACUUCAUUUCGCAUUACGUCAAACUUUACAAUGAGAAACGAUCGGAGCUCGAAGACGAGCAACUCCACCUCAACAUUGGCCUGCAGAAAAUCCGAGAGACCGUCGAUCAGGUCGAAGAAAUGCAAAAGUCAUUAGCGCUUAAGUCACGUGAACUCGAGGAGAAGAACACCGCAGCUAACGCCAAACUAAAGGAGAUGCUAUCAGGACAACAGGAGGCAGAAAAGAAGAAGGUGGAAAGUCAACGUAUUCAGCAUUCGCUACGUGAACAAGAAGCGAUCAUUGCUGAGAAACGCAAGAGUGUUAUGGAAGACCUGUCUAAGGUGGAACCCGCCGUGGAAGAAGCACAAACAGCUGUGAAGUCAAUCAAGAAGCAGAAUCUGGUUGAAAUCCGUUCAAUGGCGAACCCUCCACCACCCGUCAAGAUGACCCUUGAGGCUAUCUGCCUUCUGCUCGGUGAGAAUGCUCCGGACUGGAAGGCCAUUCGCGGUGUCAUCAUCAGAGACAACUUUAUCUCCACUAUUAUCAACUACAACGCCGAGGCUAUAUCGGAUGAUAUUCGGGACAAGAUGAAGCAAAAGUACCUAGACAAUCCCGAUUUCAACUAUGAGAAGAUUAAUCGUGCCUCCGUCGCUUGUGGACCGAUGGUCAAAUGGGCAAUUGCCCAGUGCAAUUACGCCGACAUGUUAAAAAGAGUCGAGCCCCUCCGCAACGAACUGUCCAGUCUGGAAGCGUCAGCCAACAAGAACAAGGAGGAGGCCAAUGAGAUGAACCGUGUCAUUGAUGACCUUGAACGUAGUAUUGCAUCCUACAAGGAAGAGUAUGCCAACCUGGUAAGCGAGGCCCAGAGCAUCAAGAGUGAUCUGGCCAAUGUUCAAGCCAAGGUGGACCGCUCCAUUAAUCUCCUCAGAUCUCUCGGCGGUGAGAAGGAUCGCUGGGAGCUUACGAGUGAAACUUUCAAGAAUCAGAUGGCUACCAUCUCUGGUGACGUGCUAUUGGGAUCAGCAUUUCUCGCAUAUGCAGGCUAUUUCGACCAGUCAUACAGGCAGAACCUUUUUAAUAACUGGUGCACUCACCUUCAUCAGGCUGCCAUCAGCUUUCGUCUGGAUAUUGCUCGAACUGAAUAUCUGUCAACGGCCGACGAACGGCUAAGGUGGCAGGCGAAUUCUCUUCCGUCGGAUGACCUCUGCACCGAAAACGCCAUUAUGCUGAAGAGGUUCAAUCGGUAUCCGCUUAUUAUUGACCCGUCUGGCCAAGCGACAGAGUACAUUAUGCAAGAGUUCAAAGAUAAGAAAAUCACGAAGACGUCGUUCCUAGACGAUUCGUUCAGAAAGAACCUCGAAUCCGCCCUCCGUUUUGGCAAUCCACUUUUAGUACAGGACGUCGAGAGCUACGACCCGAUUCUUAACCCGGUUCUCAAUCGAGAAGUACGCAAGACCGGCGGCCGGGUCCUGAUCACGCUAGGUGACCAGGACAUUGAUUUAUCACCCACGUUCUCGAUUUUCUUGUCAACAAGGGACCCGACUGUCGAAUUCCCACCGGAUCUCUGUUCCCGAGUGACAUUUGUCAACUUCACUGUGACACGAAGCUCGUUGCAAAGCCAGUGUCUAAACCAAGUUUUGCGUUCCGAGCGGCCAGAUAUAGACGAAAAACGAACGGAUCUGCUUAAACUGCAAGGAGAGUUCCAGGUGCGGCUACGUCAGCUAGAGAAAUCGCUGUUGCAAGCGCUUAACGACUCCAAGGGUCGCAUUCUGGAUGACGAUAGCGUUAUCUCUACCCUUGAAAAGCUGAAGACCGAGGCUGCUGAAAUUUCAAGAAAAGUAGAGGAGACGGACAAGGUUAUCGCCGAAGUAGACUCGGUGUCGCAGCAGUACAUGCCAUUGGCCACCGCUUGCUCAUCAAUCUACUUUACUUUAGAAGGCCUGAAUCAGGCUCACUUCCUAUAUCAGUACUCUCUGCACUUUUUCCUUGAGAUGUACAAUGAUGUACUCACCAAUAACGCACACCUUCAGGGCAUGACCGACCCAACGCAACGAUUGGGUGUAAUUAGCAAGGAUUUAUUCCAAACCGUGUUUAACAGGGUUACCCGCGGUAUGUUACAUCACGACCACCUAGCAUUCGCUAUUCUACUGUGUAAGAUUCACCUUAAAGGCUUCUCCAAUGAGACGCACUUCGAAGCGCUUUUCAAUCACUUCCUCCGGGGACGUGAAGGAAUGCUCGGCAAACACUCGGUGCGAUUCGAUUCUUUUACUCCAGAGCAACUGGAGGCCGCGUCAGCGCUCGUUAGAUUAAGCUACUUUACCCACAUGGAGAAACAUCUGAGCGAAAACAAAAAGGCCGUAGAAAACUGGCUUACCCUUGAACAUCCCGAAACACAGGUGCCACCUGUAUGGGAUGAAAAGGGUGUAUCCCGCAUCGACGAGCACAUGUUGCAGUUACUACUGAUUCAAGCCGUGCGACCUGACCGUGUAAUUGCGAAAGCUCACCAGGUAGUCAAUGCGAUCAUGGGUGAGGAUUUUAUGGCUUCAGCCUACAUCGAACUCGAUCUCGUCAACAUCGUACAAAAUGAAGUCAAGGCUAAUACCCCUAUCCUCAUGUGCUCUGUACCUGGAUACGACGCGUCCGGUCGAGUAGAUGACUUGGCGGCCGAAAUGAACAUGCAGCUUUCGUCGAUCGCCAUGGGAUCUGCUGAAGGUUUUUCCCAAGCCGAAAAAGCGAUCAACGCCGCCUCAAAGAACGGCCGUUGGGUGAUGCUGAAGAAUGUCCAUCUGGCUCCGGCCUGGCUUGUCCAGCUCGAAAAGAAGCUCCAUUCGUUGCAAGCUCAUCUAGGGUUCCGGUUGUUCCUUACACUCGAGAUACAUCCGAAGGUACCGGUCAAUCUCUUGCGAGCUGGCCGCUGCUUCGUGUUCGAACCGCCACCGGGAAUCCGCUCGAAUCUCUUGCGAACUUUCUCAACGGUACCAGCACAGCGCAUGAUGAAAACACCGAGUGAACGUGCUAGAAUUUACUUCCUUCUAGCCUGGUUUCACGCCAUCGUACAGGAAAGGUUGCGGUACUCACCCCUUGGCUGGUCGAAGCAUUAUGAGUUCAACGAAAGUGACCUGCGGGUCGCGUGUGACACGCUUGACACAUGGAUCGAGAGUGCUAGCAUGAGUCGAACGAAUCUCCCACCAGAAAAAGUGCCUUGGACGGCACUGCGUACGUUGUUCGGUCAGUGUAUCUAUGGGGGCAAGAUCGAUAACGAAUUCGAUCAGCGAUUGCUCAACUCCUUCCUAGCCCACCUGUUCACGGAGAAGAGUUUCGAGCCUGAUUUUAUGCUAGUGGACGCCGGUCAGGGAUCUGCUGGUAUUCACAUGCCCGAGGGUAUUCGACGCGACCAGUUCUUACAUUGGGUCGAACAGCUGACUGACCUGCAGCAGCCGUCGUGGCUUGGUCUGCCCAACAAUGCAGAGAAGGUGCUCCUCACCAAUAGAGGCAGCGACCUCUUGGCCAAACUUCUGCGAAUGCAACUAUUAGAAGACGACGAUGAUGAGGUCGUUUACACUGAAGAGGCCAGUCAACAAGGCGACACGAAAAUCAAGAAGCGCGGAGCGCUAGAUUCGUCAGCAACCCCGGCAUGGAUGCUGACUUUACAACGUUCUGCUAUGGAAUGGCUGAAGCUGGUGCCUCAGUCCCUGCAGACACUUAAGAGGACUAAGCAGAACAUCCGCGACCCGCUGUAUCGCUACUUCGAGCGCGAAGUUAACGUGGGCUCACAGUUACUGAGCCUUAUUCGACGCGAUCUGGUCGAUAUCGUUCAGAUUUGUCAGGGUGAAAAGAAGCAGACCAACUUGCAUCGUCAGAUGAUAUCCGAAUUAGCUAAGAGUUGUGUCCCGUCUCAUUGGAAGGGUCGAUACACAGCGCCACCCGGAUGCACCGCCACGCAGUGGAUUACAGAUUUCAACGAACGUGUCAAACAGUUGGCCCGAGUAUCGAAGGCGUGUACGCAGGGUGGACUUGCUGCUCUCAAGACACUUGUCGUGUGGCUUGGCGGUCUGUUCAACCCUGAAGCAUACAUCACGGCUACUCGGCAAUACGUAGCACAAGCUAAUGGUUGGUCGCUGGAAGAACUAUCCCUGGCAGUAGCAAUCAGGCCAUCCGCUGAAACCAGUCCGGAAUUGGAUGAAUGCAGCUUUGCAAUAUCUUCCCUUAAAUUACAGGGCGCCGAGUGUACAAACGCCUCCAAACUUACGCUUUCCGCAAAUAUCCUCUCCGAGCUCCAGCUUACUGUGCUUACCUGGAUAAAAGCUACUGGUGAUGAAAAUAAAUCAGCAGCAGUCGUCACCUUGCCAGUGUACCUAAACUCGUCAAGAACAGAGCUUUUGUUCACGGUUGACCUAGAAGCCACGGACGUCAAGCAGGCGUCGUGUUUCUACGAAAGGGGUGUCGCUAUCCUUUGUAGCUACAGCCUUGGCUAGCUAGCACCCCUGUCAAGAUCACUGUAGGUCUUGACAACACAAACAUAUGUCUGUACUGAAGGCUUGAAAUGGAAAAAAUGCUCACAAAGCCAAGAACGAGACACACAUAGUUGACUUGUUGAAGUCACGCUAACAAACGGUUAACCCAUUGGCCAAUCAGUAGUCACCGUUAAAGUUUCCCCCAACACCGCUUUCACCAAUUUGCCCAACAACCUGAAAGGGGUCUAUUAAUCCUUAUAAAUUAAAGGUUUUAGGUUAGCGAAAGAAAUCGUUAUAUCAACGAACGCAUGCACUUUUCUGAGAGUGUCUUUAACGAUUCGGAAUGAUGAAAAAAUGAAGUUCGUAAGUAUCCAGAUAUACCAUAAUAAUUAAAUAGAUAAUUAUUAAUUAUAACUUCAACUCUCUCGAUAUCUCGAAAGGAACGCACCGCCCUCUAGUGAGGAAAUUAUUCCUAUAAAAAAUGAUGACAGAGUAUUGCUACAGACGAUCUGAUUAACUCGUCCGAUCUAGAAAAACUACGAACAUUGAUGAUUAUCGUUUAGGAGUAAUGAAAAAAACUCAUUGACAUAGCGUCAUUGACAAUGACAUGAUAUGGUAGCCUGCAUUGACGAUAAAAGGGAAAAUACAAGUAGUGGCCUGAUUCAACAUUAUUCGUGUCUACUUCUGCAAUGCAAAUGAAUAUAAUGAGAAGAAAAUCAAUGAAAUUUGUCGAUGUAUCAAAGUAGGCAGGAUGGUGCAAUUGGACGAGAACAGAUUUGGCCUCACACUGCGAGCGGACUUGACCCUACGCUUUCUACGAUACGUCAUACACGAUAAAAAUUCCAACUGAUAUAAACACUAAUAAUAUAUACAUAAAAAACAUGCAAAUGCAGCAUAAAGAAAAGGGGGUGGUACCCGAACUAAGUGAAUAUGGGAUAGGUCGCUGUCGAAAAUGUAAGCUUUUCGUAACUUAAUGCUGGUGUUGGGUAUAUAUAUAUAUAUAUAAUGUGCGUGUACAUGUGUGAAUGUGUUGCUCUUGAGUAAUAUUGUAGCGUACCGCCGUGUCGCGGUCAGGCGUGGAUGUGAUGGUGACUGAUGUAGCCAGCACCAGUUGCUAACAAAGAUUCCGCAUGCGGCAAGUAUUUUCGUUCCUGUUGUUCUUCUUGUUCACGCUGCAGUUUACUGCAGAAAGAGCACAACUCGACUGUUGCCUUGACUAAAUCUCAAUUAAACUAUUUAAUAUAUAUAAACACAAACAAGGAAAGGAAAAUAUAAAAUAGUGAAUAAAGCAAAGAAUCAAAGGACGUAACAUAACAAGGAUAGAUGUAAGGAGACCUUGGGGAGAAGGGACUUGCUUUAUAUAUACAUAUAUGUAUACCCUAGGACUUCUCUAAUAAUGAAUAUAAAAAACGUACUUCUAAUGAGUAAUGACAACGUAACGUAUAGUGGUGGUGCUAUGUUGGCUAUUACGGUAACGUGGUACGUGUGUCUCGGUAAUGACCAUGAGUUAGCGAUGAUAUUCUAUAAAAGAACUGAGCAAAUAAAGCAGCAGCCUAUUUAUGACGCC